CUGCUCCUCCUCAGGAGCCGCUCCGCGUCCUUUUGUUUCUCCUGCAGUUUGGAACUUGUGCUCCUCCGAACCGGAGCUUUCGUUUCUUUCCUGUUCGGGCCUUAAAGGGAAUGAAUGACAAAAACAAAGGAGGUUGAUGUGCAGAACUCCCCCAAGGACCGGAGACUCCAUCGGCACAAGAUGGAAAGCGGAGGCGGGGCGGAGGGCUCGGACAGCGGGCAGCAACAGCUCGAAGCCCGGCCUGAAGCCGCGGAGCUCCCCGGUCAGCCUCCGCCGGGGAAGAAGAAAACCAGCCGGGCUCCGUCCCCGGCCAGACCCAGAGACGGGCCCGGGUGGGCGCUCACCAAGGUCCGGGGAGGGAUCGGGACCCCGACCCUGAGCGUCAAGCCGGGAUCCAUUCACCUGGGGAGCCGCGUGUCGAGGCGCAGUCCUGGGGGAGGUUUUGGCGGAAAGGACGGUAAAGGUGAGAAGAGCAGCGGAGGAGGCAAACCGCCCGGAAAGUCCUCCUCCGCCGCGUUGGGAAAGACUUCUGCCGGGAAAGCGGGUAAAGGUUCCCGGAGGAAGGCGUCAGACGCCAGCAUCGGAUCCGCCGACCUGUCGAAGGACUCCGGCUGCGCCGCCGGGAAGCUGUCCGCCACCGACAGCAGCUCCGAGCUGUCGGACUGCGCCUCGGACGAAAACAAGCUCUCCACGGACGCCGUGAGCAGCGACACCGAGUCCAGGAGCAGCCGGGGCGGAGGGCCGGAGGCCGACAAGCCGCUCCGGGACAGAGCCAAGGCCAAGAGCGCGGAGAAGGAGCGGCCACCCGCGGCCGCGGAGAACGGGGAAGGGAGCGCGUCCCCCGGUGACGAGCGCUCGGUCACCUCGUUUGACAGCCGGGUCCCUGGAAGCACAUCUCUGGCUUUCUCCGACCUGACAGAGGAGCUGAUGGACGGCGUGCAGGAGGAGUUCAUCCGGGAGAUCGAGGAGCUGAGGUCCGAGAACGACUACCUCAAAGAUGAGAUGGAGGAGUUGAGGUCUGAAAUGCUGGAGAUGCGCGACAUGUACAUGGAAGAAGACGUGUACCAGCUGCAGGAACUCCGCCAGCAAGUGGAACAGGCAAAUAAGACCUGCCGCAUCCUGCAGUACCGCUUAAGGAAGGCAGAGCGGCGCUCUCUGCGUGUGGCCCAAACGGGGCAGGUAGACGGAGAACUCAUACGGGCACUGGAACAAGACGUCAAAGUGGCGAAGGACGUGUCCAUCCGUCUUCACAGCCAGCUGGACAGCGUGGAGAAGAAGAGGACCCGUCUGGAGCAGGAGAAUGAGGAUCUGAGGGUACAACUGCAGGACCUUGAGGUCGCCAAACAGGUCCUGCAGCAGGAGAUUGACAAGAACUCUCAAAAGAAACGAGGAUCACGACCCAACAACAAACCUGACAAGAAACCGUGUGUACAGGAGGACAGUUCUGACCUGAGGUGUCAGCUCCACUUUGCCAAAGAGGAAUCAGCUCUGAUGUGCAAGAAGCUGACUAAGCUGGUGAAGGACAGCGAGGCCAUGAAGGAGGAGCUGGCCAAGUACAGGUCGCUGUACGGAGAUGUUGAGGCGUCGCUGUCCGUGGAGGAGGUUGCUGACUCACCGCACACCCGUGAGGCAGAAAUCCGCAUCCACCUGAAGCUGGUGGAAGAAGAGGCCAACCUGUUGAGUCGACGGAUUGUGGAGCUGGAGGUUGAAAACAGAGGACUACGAGCCGAGAUGGAUGACAUGAAGGGUCCUCAAGAUGGUUCUCAAGAACUUUCGGUUGGAGGCAGUUUGGGGUCUGGACUUGCCCUGGCGGGAGGAGCAAUGGUCCUCGGGGGAGGAGCCUCCUCUGAAAACGUCAUGGAACUUCAGAGACACCUCCAAUUUGUGGAGGAGGAGGCAGAGCUGCUGAGGAGGUCCCUGAUUGAAAUGGAAGAACAGAACAAACUCCUCAUGAAUGAGAUUAACCGCUACAAGUCUGAACUCCCGCCUUCACUGCCUGCGUUGUCAUCUAAUUUGCUCACGCCGCUGACGGACGGGCUGCUCAAUGACAGCCCGGUGCCUUCUAUACAGGAGGCAGCGGUGCUUAUCAGCACAGCCCCUCCAGCACAGGAGGAGGAGCUUAGAGUGGCGAGGCUUCAGAUUGGAGAACUAAGCGGGAAAGUGAAGAAGUUACAGUACGAGAACCGAGUGCUGCUGUCCAACCUGCAACGCUGUGACCUUGCCUCCUACCACACCCCUUCCUCCUCCUCCUUCCUGCGUCUGUCUCCAGGGACAGACGCAGAGGCCGGGGACUCGGCUGAGUGCCUUACAUCCAGCCCUCCAGAGAGAAAGGGGCCGGUAGGGGAGGAGAACGAUGCCGUGGAGGUAAAGGAAAGAAAGAGGAAGAUGCAAGACAAUGCUGACCAAACAACCUCGCUGCCCGGGUGCCUGGGGCAGGAGGACCAUGAUGCUUUGCUGGCCAUGAGGGACCAGGCUCGCUUGGUUUCCACUGCGAUUCAGCUCCUGACCUCCCCUGAGUCCAACUGCCUCUCCUCAACCCCAUCCAUCUACCAUAAAGUCUGCAGCACCGAGGCGGCAGAGUCAUGUGACCUGGAGAAAGCUCCGCCUCCCAGCCAGAUUUCAGAACUUUCAGACCUGGGAGACCGGCCUCUGGUUGGCGCUCUGACCAGCAGGCUUCAGGCCCUCCACACCCACCUUCAAGUGUUCCUGGAACACGUAGAUGAUCUGGGUAAAUCCCCUGGAAGUGGGAGAGACUUCCAAGUAGAAGGGACCUCUCCCGAGCGACUUUCACCCAAAUCCAGUGACUCUUUGCUGGCUGCGCCGUGUUCCGCAAAUAACCUGGAUGGACUGAACACUGUCGAAGAAAAGCAGCCUGAUUCUAGGGACCAAUCAGAGCUGGAGGUCAAAGUUCAAUCACACAGCCACGAGAGGGAAAACCAGGAAAUCACUCAGCUGGAGCAGGAAGACCAGGAAGCAGACAAUGCGCUGCCCGGCCAGUCCAGUGAUCUCCAAACCCGCCUCUUUGAAGCAGAGGUGUCUGUCCAGGGUCCUCCCGAAGAGCUGGAGGAGGAACAGACUCGAAGGGAAAACACAGUCAAACUUGUACAGCUCCAGCAAGAACACCAGAAGGCUCUGCUCCGUUGGGACUUCCAGCUGCAAAGUUUGGGUCUCCAGGCCCGGCUGCAGCAGAAGUCAUGGAGCCAGGAAAGGACUCUUCUCGUCCAGGAGUCUCAGCACCUCAAACAGGCCCUGUUACUGCUCAGCCUCAAACUACGUUGCUUCCUCAAACAGUGGCGGCUCGGCUGCAAGGUGGACACAGAGUGGAAGGACAUUUUAGAGAUGAACAGUUUGAAGGACCUUUACCUUCUGCUGGAGGAGGAGAACCUGACAAGCCCCUCCCAUCAGGCUGAUAAAGCAGCUGCUGCAGAAGAACGGCCACUCAGCCCGACUAUCAAGUCGAGCGCUGUGAGCAGCACCUUGGCAGACUUGAAGGUGGCGCUGCAAGAUCUUAGUGGGGAGCUGCGUCAGGAGAGACAAGGCUCCCAGGAACUGACGCAGCAGUUUGCAAAGGCCAAGGCAUCAUGGGAAGUGGAGAGGACCGAACUGAAGAGUCUCAUAACACAGCUUGAAACCAAAGCAGGAAAAGCAGCUUCCGGUGGGUCCUCCACUGAUGCACUGGAGCCUCCUGACCUGAAGGUGGCGCUGAAGAGGGAGCGUGAAGAGCACCAGCACCUCCUUGCCGAAUCAUAUACAGCUGUGAUGGACUUAACAAAGCAGCUUCAGAUUGGAGAGAGGAACUGGAACAGAGAGAAGCUGGAGCUUCUGGAGAGGUUCAGCCAGGAGAAGGCUCAGUGGGAACAGAGGCUGAGAGACUCCGCCGCACAGCCGCCAAAGCCCAAAUCUGACAAGCCUGGUGUUGAAGUAUCUGCAGACGUACACUUUGUGAACAGAACGGGGUCACCAAGGAUGAACUCCACGUCCGAGCUGCACAGCCCAGAAGUCAACGGAACAGACGACCAGUUCAAGAAAUUCCAGUUGGCAGUUUUGCCUCUUCUGAUUCGCCCACAGCUGGAUGACCUCACCAGGAAGAACUGGUCAUAUUUGACCAAUGAGAUUCCAGAUGUCAAGGACACAUAUCAAACCUGGGAUGGACCCAGUGGCUCCUGCAGCAGCUCAGUGACAUCAGAACUGAAUCUGGAGACAAUUCAAAGGAGUUGCACUGCUCCAGACCGUACUGGUAUCCGGAUCUACUACAGUCCUCCUGCUGUACGGCGCAUGGACCACCAGAGAAGGAACCAUGAAGCAACAGAGCAACAAGAAGCCCAGAUCAGGAGGUCUUCCCUGGGGUUCACUACUUCAGAGACAGACACUGCUGACAUGGAAAUGGAAGAUAUUCAGAAACAACAAUCACCAUCUUCAUCUUGGUCUUCAUAUGAGCAGUGGUUAAGCUCACUAUCCAGCCAGCACAGAGAGCUACUGGAGAAUAGAAGUGGCUGCAUUUCUGGUUCAAUCCCCAGCGUCAUCAGCAACAGUGUUGGUGGGUCAGCCAACAGUGUGGUUGAUGGGAUAUCAUCGCCGUCUACAUUCCAUGGGCUGGAGAUUGGAGAGAUUUCGGCUAACUUAAGUGAUGACAUGAAGGAGAUGACCAAUUGUGUCCGUCAGGCCAUACGCUCCUCCUCUCUGGAACGGAAGUCCAACAAGGAUCCAGGAAAUCAAGCUGUAGCCGUGUCCACCAGGUCGACACAGACUGCUGCCCAGUACGUCAGCGUGGGACUUCAAACCGACAACUUCCCCGGCAGCCGGGGGAUGGGGUUACAAUCAAAACCCUGGUCUCCCCGGCCCACGGCAGUGAACACGUCCUCGUUAGUGUCGGCUAGAUCCCGACAGAUUUCAUCAUCACUGGACAAAGUCCACAGCCGCAUCGACAGGCCUUGCUGCUCACCGAAGUAUGGCUCACCAAAAUUACAGCGCAGGGUUUCUUCUGGCUCCACCUCCAGACUGGAUGGGACAUCCUCCCCUAAGGAGCGCAGCCUAUGGAGUUUCCAGCAGAGACCUGUGAGUGGAGGCGGUGGCUCAGCCUGGGCACGCUCCACCACCACCAGGGACAGUCCCGUCCUCAGUGGGCUCACGGACGGGCUCUCCAGCCUUUUCAGCGUGGUGGAGCACUCUGGAAGCACAGAGUCACUGUGGAGGGGCGAAGGAGGAGCCAGCCAGGGUGCCAGUCCAGCACGGCAGACCCCUGCGGCAGGGAAACCCUCUGGUGCGGUGACUUGUGGUUCUGAUCCGGCCUCUCAGAGAUACGGAGGCCUAGUCCAGGAGUUCUUCAAGAAUGUCUGCAGCAGCCGUGAGCACGGAGCUGUCAUCCUGUCUGCAGACAGAGCUCAAAGAGACUCCCUGAGUGGUGUUGGAGGUCUGAGUACUCUUGCGGGAUUCUGCAGCGGGGAUGAGACCAAGCCAGAGUGUGUAUCGGCUGGGAUCGGCACAGUGGCUGGGCUGGUCGGAGCCAAUGACAGUGUGAUAAAGAUUGUUAAUAAAAGGUUGAUGAGACAAACAGCUGGAGAGGAGAUGGUUGGUAUAAUGGGAGGAGGGAAGGAAACGCUCAACAGCGCAGUGAUGGAGGAUGCACCCUGUGACUGCGCUUCCCAGUCUCACGCACCCUGCCUCUCUCGAUCAUCAAGACCGACCAAUCGCCAUUCACUCGGACAGUGCAAGCACCGCCCACAAGAUUAUCCAGUGGCAGCCGAGGAGAAAGGAGACGCUUACCAGGACUGACGACACCUACUGCCACACGCAGUGAGGCACAGCCACAUUUAGAAUACCGAUUGUUCACAGAUGCCGCAUGUCACUGCCACGAAAACACGGAUACACGUCAACGUCUAGACUCUGCCUCACACACAGACACCGAUCUAAUGCCAAGGACUCAAAACACAAGCCCCGCCCUUCACAAAACUACCAGCACAAAAGGAAAGAAGACACGCCCACAACAAGUGCAAAUGAAAGAGUCGACCGUGUAAAAUGAUGUCAUGACUCCAC